AUGACAGAUGAGUUUCUAUUUCAAGACAAUAAGAACCAUACUGUCUGUAUAAAUCCAACAAAAGGAACUUUAAACGAGAAACCUAUAAAUGAACUUCUUUUGAAAGCAGAUGUUGACAACAAAGCUGACAAAGAAUAUGUCAUUGAAAAAGUUCAAGAAGAACAUGACAGAGCAGAUGCAACAUAUGCAACAAAAGAGGAUGUUGAAAAUAAAGCAGACAAAGAAACUGUAGAUAUGUUGCACAAACGGUUUCAAGUCAUACCAGAGGUUUAA